AUGGCGAGUUCAUUCCGCGGCUUGGUUCAGGAGUACCUUGCUGGGCACGCAUCUAACGUGCGGAUUGGAAAGGAAAUAUCAGGAAGCGAGGCAAGCAAAAAGCAACAUGGACGCGUUAGGCAGAAUCCAGAGAUUGUCGGUGAAGCGAGGGAAGGUUGGAAGUAA